CACAGGUCCAUCUCAGGCAUCAACGCUUUGAAUCUGUGGUUUGAAAGCACUUUCAUUGGCUGCCAAGCACAGCAAGCCAGGUAAACUAAGACCUUUAACUUGCUUGCUUGUUUUUCUCACUCCCUCAGUCUUGUCAGCUAAUCUGUGUGGGUAACCUUAUCCCAACUCUUGAGUGGUUGCCCCCCCACUCCCCCCCCCCCCCCCCCUCUUCUGAGCCUCAGGAACUGGACUGAAACAGCUCUCCCCAUUCACAAAGCUCACUCUUGUUACGCUCAACCUGCCGCAAACUGAAUUUGAUUGAUUCUUACCGUUUUAUCUUUUAUCUUAAACGGUGUCAGGAGGCACAAAUCUUUUGGCCGAAGGUGCAAGAAAGCGGCGUUUAGCUCAUCUUUCGUUUUAAGAGGUUAAUUCGCACGCAUCUAGCGGCGUCUAAAUGUGCAGAUACUUCAUGUUUUAUAUUGUCACAUUGAAGCAGAGGGGAGUGAGUGUUCCUUUGCGGCGAUGGGAUGAUGAAUAAAACAUGACGUCAGCUGUUUUCACUGGAACUACCACUACCAUAUCUCAGAAAUUAUAUGAUAAAAUAAAUGUUUAGAAGGCAGGAUUAUAAGACAUAAGACAAUGUUUAUUUCUCCCAUGUGUGGAAAAUUACCUUGUCACAGUAGCGGCGAAUUAGGUAUGAAAUAUAUACAAAAAAAAACAAAAAAAGACAGUAUCAAAAUAUACAAGAAUCUAGAAAAUAGCGCUCUGACAGUCUAAGCAAAAAUGCUAAAAAAUUUGGAAUGUAAUUGCUAGGCUCAGUGAACGUGGACAUUGAGGUAAUUAGUGCAAGAUAGGCAGUGCAAAAUAGCAGAUUAUUGUGUAAAAGAAUCUGUAAAAAGCACAAAAACAGGUCUUGAAGACAGUCUCGGUUGUUGGUUAUUGUGAACUCAGGCUGGUGUCGUACAGCCUGAUGGCAGCUGGGAUGAAGGACCUGCAGUACGUCUGCCUCUUGCACUUUGAGUCUGCAACACAUGUGCGGAGGAUGCGUUUUCAGUUUUCUAUCACCGGACACUCUUUCACCUUCCACAGGAAACAAUGGCAGACACUUUCCUCCUCUGUGGAUUUGGUAGAGUCAGUCAAACAGCAGCUACGUCCUAGAAAGAUCCUUUCAAGACGGCCGCAGGUGUUUGAACGGAUUAGGGAGCGUGGGUCGUUAUAAAUCCUCUUUUAUUAGUCAAAUUAUGUUAUUAUAUUAAGUAAAUAUGUCCCUCUGACUGCGUAUUGGUCAGCUGCCAAAGGUAAACCAGACAAGUGCACCAAAAGCCUGAUGAGAAAAAACAAAACAAAAACAAAACAAAACAGGAGAGACGAGCGCGUUGCUCACAGGUGGCCACGUCCAAGCCUCCUGCUCUCUCCCCCUUUUUUCUUCCUCGGUUGUGAAUUUACAGUCAUGCUCCGAGAAGUUUGUCACAAACAUGUGCUUAAGAGGCGAUGAGUGACUUCACAAUGCCGGCUGUAUCACAGCCAGCAUGGUAAUUGCUGUUUAUCGUCCCUGCUUUUAAAUCAGGUUGUCAGGUGCCUUUAGUUUUUUUUGUUUUUUUAGUUUUUUAUUUUUUGACUCUCAGAGAAAUCUCUAUCAGUGGCGAGUCUUAUUUGAUCAAACAGUCCCAGAGCCUUGUAUUUGUAAAGAAAUCGUCAAAUUAUCUUUCUGGAUAAUUACUAUUUGCUCCAUUUUCGCUGUGAUUUCCCUCCCCAAGGCAGACAAGGCUAAAUUAGUCAUGCUUUAAAUGACAUAAUACAUCAGUUGUGUUACAGGGAUGAUUACAGUGCCCUGUGGUUGACAGGAUCAAGGGUUCUUGUUAGGCAGAAAGCCAUGAAUCACUGGUUUAAACCCACAUCAACCCACUUUAUGUUCUUGAAGAAGAGAUGCACGCUCUGUGAUUUAACUUGCCAUAAACCCCCAAAUCUUUUAAGCAAAGGUCAUGAAUUAAUAUUUUCCAUCUAACAUCCUGAUUUUUUUCUUUUGUUGUUGUUUAUUUCGCUGCUGUUUUUGCUCCAUGAUGAUCAGCAGCUGGAGCUCUUAGUCAAACACUCCUUUUCAUUUCCUACUAAACUAGCAGCAGGAGGCCCUUUGAAAUCCCCAGCAUGGGAAGUUAUGUAUGUAAUCAUUUAGAAUUAUUUUGAAUAUCAAUGGGGCAGGAAUCCCGAGGAUCCAGUUUUAAUGGGACAAUAAAGGCGAACCACAAAGGUUUUCUCUCUUUUUUUAUUUAAUGGCAGCAGGGAUGUGGGCUCACUUUACUGCUGAAGUACUCGUAAACACAUUCACACCUCUCUUUCAUUUAAAUGCGGGAUAAGUUAUAGCACAUUAUUGAAAAACAACCUGCAUUUGAAUGCUGUCUGGGAGCGCGAGGCCAAUCCACAAACCAGCAGCGGUUUAAAGCGCACGACGAAAGAGACGCAGUUUCUGUCGCUGUUGCAACACAGCGACUGUUUUUGUUCUUGUUGUUGUUUGUGUUGUAUUUUGUUUUUUACUGUAGGCGACAAUCAACUAAUCAUAAAAAAUACUGUGCAAACAGCAAUGAAGAAAAAGAACGAAAUUUAGUUUGAAAGAAAAAACACAUUGCGUAAAAAUAGUUAAUAUCAUCCCAUUAGAUACAUAUAUUUAAAAUGAGGUUGUGGUAUUAGUCUUUUGGUCGUGUCCGAAUAACAAUUAAAGCCUUUCACAAACAAAUGAAUUGAAUUAAUAAAAUAAUAUUAAUAAAACCAGACCCAAAAGCACUUCAUCUCUGUGUUCAAGUUUCUUCGCGCGGCGCUUUGCCCACCGAGAGGAAAAAAACCCUCUCCAGGCUGAUGGUCUCUCCAAGAUUACCCUAUCAGGUGCAAACCGCUGACAUGUUUCCACCCACCAACAACAAAAAAGCCUCUCUGUGCCCAAAUCUCAAGCCGCAGACGCACAAACACCACUGACAGGCACUGCUGCGCCAUCAUCAGCCCCCGAACCUCUCCAGGGAUCUGCUGCUGCUACCGCUGCGAUUUCAACACUACUUAUUUUUAUUUCAUUUUUUUUAACUAAAACUUAUGCUUGGAUAAGUUUAUUUGCCCGCAAUUAACGAUUUCGUUUUUGGUGGACGGUCGUUUUCUUAUUCAUUUUUCCCUCCUAUUUCCACCGUAGCACUUGGUAGAAUAAAAUGACCCAUGCAAGGUGUAGAAAUCCCUCACAGGUACGGACGGAGUUGAGGAGCCUUUGAUCGCUGGAGAAGCACGACUGUGGUGUAACUUAGGUCUCGGUGCGCAAAAAAAGAAAAAAAACUCAAAGGAUAUUUUUUAAAGAGAGAGGGAUUCUUUUGGAGAGGUCCGAUUCCUUCCCACAUUUGGCACCGAUUUACGGAGAAGUUGCUUUCGGGGAGCGGAGGAGACUGAGCUGAGACAAACAAAAUCUUCUGGAUAAUUUCCCCCAACAAGGAAGCACCCAAUGUUGCACUCCGUAACUCUGCUGCUGCUCUCCCGUCAUAUGUCCUUACACUGGGAUUCAAUCUCCUACUUACCCCCGGAGUUGUGUGCGUAAAAGACGCGCAGGGGAGCGAAAGCGAGAGAGAGGGGGGCGAUUUCGCCAACCUUUCCCGGGGCUCUAAAUCUGUGGAAGCAGGUGUAUUUCAGCUGUAUUUCUGCGAGUCAAGAUGUCUCUGCUGCCUUCGAGGUUCAUAUACCUGUGUUUACACUUUCUGGUACUCUACUUCCAGCUACAGAUUUCCUCUGCUUUUAUGGCAGGCCUGAGCCGACUCAUAAACAACAGGCUGGAGUCCCAGCAGAGCUCCGCUGAUUUCAGGUUUUACAUCGAGAACCACACAAGGAACCCGGACGACCUGAGCCGGAAGCAGGUCCGGAUCUACCAGCUCUACAGCAGGACCACGGGCAAGCACGUCCAGAUCCUGGGGAAGAAAGUCAACGCCAACGGAGAUGAUGGGGGCAAGUAUGCUCUUCUUGUCGUCGAGACAGAAACCUUCGGGAGCCACAUCCGAAUAAAAGGAAAGGAGAGCGAGCAUUACAUCUGCAUGAACGAGAAGGGCAAGAUAGUCGGAAGGCCCGACGGAAGGAAGCAGGAGUGCGUCUUUGUCGAGGAAUUCCUGGAGAACAACUACACGGCUCUGGUGUCGGCCAAGUACAAAGGAUGGUACCUCGGCUUCAACCGGAAAGGGCGGCCCAAGAAAGGCUCGCGGACCACGCAGAGGCAGCAGGAAGUCCACUUCAUGAAGCGGCCGCCGAAGGGCAGGGUGAACCCGCUGGAGGAGUUUCGUUUCACCCCAGUAACUAAGCGGACACGAAGGGCUCGGCGGUUAAAAACCACCCCGAAGACGAACUGAUGGGACCAAUGGGACAGCACUAGUUUUCCUCACGGAGGGGGAAAAGGAAAAAAAAAGGAAACUGUAACUGAAAAUGUCUUAAAAGAAUCACCUUAAAGACUUCACUUCUGUUAAAGAAAGACAAAAAGAACAAAAAAAAAAAAGUCAAAGAUGUUUUAUUUUUGUAUUUCAGGAUGACUGAAUAUUUCUUAACUCUUGGAUUCUUCUGGGUUGAUGUCAUUGUGCUAACGUGUCUGUCAUGUUAUUUAUACUGGAUAAAACUAAAGGACCUCUGAGAGAAUCCCAGCCACCGCCGUCGUAGCCGCCGACCUCGGCUGACGUCCGAACUGCAGAGCCGAAGGCGCACUUUCUUUUUCGACAAUGGGGAGCUGGAGCAGGAGCUGACGCAAUGUUAUAAAAAUCAGCCAACUAGAGAUUUAUUGGAAUACCUGUCGGUUUUUGUUUGUGUUGCCCCUGACAACGCGGAUCCCAUACUUUCCACUGGAAUUAGACACCAUGGAGAUGAAACGGGGAGAGAGGUGGCAGUCCGCAGGUGACACUGCGCUGCCCGGGGAUAACUGUGUAGCUUUGAGUGCAAUAUUUUAACAGGUUCUCUCUUUCUCUUCCUCUUUUUUUUUCUCUCCUCCACCCCCGCCUGCAACCCCACCUCCCCCCCUCCUU